AUGGAGUUCGUUAGCAAAGACACCACCUGGUGGGUCUUUACCCUCCCGGCCUUUCUCGGCUUCUCGAAUCUUCUCCAGCCCUACUUCCUCUUCUGUUUCGCUCUUGCUUUUGUAUCCAUUUCCCUUCUCACUUGGGCCUUCGCCACUGGCGGUGUCGCAUGGAAAAACGGCCGGAACCAAAGAGGUCCGGUUGCCAUACAAGGACCAAAAGGCCUUCCUUUGUUUGGUUCCCUCUUCAGUCUCUCCCGCGGUUUGGCUCACCGCACCUUGGCCUCCAUGGCUUGGAGCCAAACCACCACCACUCAGCUCAUGGCGUUUAGCCUUGGCUCCACUCCUGCUGUUGUAGCCUCUGAUCCCCAUACUGCUCGGGAAAUCCUCACCUCCCCUUACUUCGCUGAUCGCCCAGUAAAGCAGUCGGCUAGGAGUCUUAUGUUCACCCGAGCCAUGGGGUUCGCUCCCAACGGACCAUACUGGAGACUCCUCAGGAAGAUCUCCUCCUCCCACCUCUUCGCCCCGAGACGCAUUGGAGCACAUGAGGCCGGCCGCCAGCAAGAUUGCACCGCCAUGCUGCGCAACAUUGCCGAAGAACAAGCCCGCCGCGGAACGGUGUCGCUUCGCAAGCACCUAAGGGCCGCCUCGCUCAACAACAUCAUGGGGAGCGUGUUCGGCAAAAGAUACGACCCUAACUACAGCAACGAGGAGCUGAGGGAGCUUGAGGACAUGGUUAGGGAAGGGUUUGAGAUCUUAGGCGCUUUCAACUGGUCUGACUAUCUCCCUUGGUUGAGCUACUUCUACGACCCUUUCCGCAUCAAUGAACGUUGCGCCAACCUCGUUCCCCGAGUGAGGAAGCUCGUCCGGAGCAUCAUUGAAGAGCACCGAGUCAGUGCCGAGUCGAGGAAGAAGGAGCUCUCGGAGGAUCAUGCUGAUUUUGUGGAUGUCUUGCUCUCUUUGGAUGGGGACGAGAAACUUCAGGAAAAUGACAUGAUUGCUGUGCUAUGGGAGAUGAUAUUCAGAGGAACUGAUACGACCGCUUUGCUAACCGAAUGGGCGAUGGCCGAGUUGAUCUUAAACCCCAAGACUCAGGAUAAGCUCUACGGAGAAAUCCACAGGCUUGUGGGAGAUGAGAGGAGCGUGACGGAUGCCGACGUAGCAAGACUGCCUUACUUGCAGGCUGUGGUGAAAGAAACCCUAAGAGUGCACCCACCGGGCCCACUUCUGUCCUGGGCGAGGCUGUCCACGUCGGACGUCCACCUCAGCAACGGGAUGGUCAUCCCCGCCGGGACGACGGCGAUGGUCAACAUGUGGUCCAUAGGGCAGAACCCUGGGGUGUGGGGGGAGGAGGCGCACGUGUUCAAGCCCGAGAGGUUUGUGGUGAGUGAAGGCGGGGCUGACGUGGACGUGAGGGGAAGGGACAUGAGGCUGGCGCCGUUUGGGGCGGGGAGGAGGGUGUGUCCGGGGAAGAAUCUGGGGCUGGUGACGGCGUCGCUUUGGGUGGCGAGGCUGGUUCAGGGAUUCAAGUGGGGAAGGGAUGAGGGGCACCCGGUUGAUCUGAGCGAGGUGCUGAAGCUGUCUAGUGAGAUGAAGCAUGAGCUGCAUGGUGUGGCUGUGCCAAGGAGUACUGCUACUAUGUUCUAG